AUGAAAUUCACCGCCGCUACCAUCAUAGCUAUGGUCUACGUCUCCACUGCCUUUGCGAGCAACGUUAGCUGUGUUUACCAGAAAGGCACCAAGGGAGAUCAUAUAGUUGGACUUAAGGGUGCUGUUCAGGCAUACGGCGGGCAAUACCAUGUCUCUGGAAGAAGCGGCUCUACAUUUGCAACCUAUGGAAGCGCCAAACUGACACUACGUCGUACCGGUGAUCAUCCCUCAGUAAAAAGUUAUACUGAUGCUGCUACUGUCGCCAACAAAAUCCAAGAAAUCAUUGACUGCUGCUACAACUACGGAUACACCGAGUGUGUUGGAAACGGUGACAUCAUCUCCUUUUCUGACGGCGGCCGUAUCAACGUGAACGUUGCCCACAACUAG